CAACUACAGUUUAGACACUCUCUGCACCAAAGAGCUGUUUCUCCACCAGCUUCUCAUCCACCCUGUGAGGUGAUUUUUCUCCUUUAUAAAGAUGAAGGUAGCCAAGAAAUUUGCAGUCUUUUAUUGUCUCUUUCGAGUUGCUCUGUGCAUCGAUUCCUUCAGCAUCACUCUGCCACAGAGUGUAGACGCUGUGGGAGGACUCUGCGUUUUCGUACCCUGCACUUUUACAAUUGAGGCCAGGUUUGAUACAGACCUCCAGGGAGAUCCUAAAGGAAUAUGGCGUAAAGAUGGCACUACGGAAGAUCAGACAGUCUUUGACUCCACAACACCUAAAGACAACAAGAUUAAAGGGAAUAUAACAGGAGAUCUCAGAAUGAAGGACUGCACCACCAUCUUCAACAGUGUCAAUAAGGCUGACAGUGGGAGAUAUUACUUCAGAAUAGAGUCAGGAGAACUGAAAUACACUUACAGAACUGCAUCUGUUUAUAUAAAUGUCAGUGACUCACUCAGUGUCCCCAAACCCACACUGAGUCUGUACAGAGAUCAGAUGGAGGUGCAGGAUCGGAGGGUGUUGGAGGGCAGCUCUGUGAGUUUAUUCUGCUCUGCUUUUCCUCUGUGUCCUACUGUACUGCCCACAUUAUCAUGGAGCCCCCUGCCCACUAACAUCAGGCAGGAGCAGAACCAAAACACCAGCUUCACCUCCUCUCAGCUGAACUUCAUCACUACUCACCUUCAUCAUGAACUCAGAUUCAACUGCACUGCCACCUACCAGCUGGAGAACAAUGACAUCAAAACAACCCAGAGCUCUCUUGUUUUACGAGUCCUGUACGGCCCUAAGAACACAUCAGUGUCAGUGUCUCCAUCUGGUCCAGUGAUGUUGGGCAGUUCAGUGAUUUUGAACUGCAGCAGUGAUGGAAACCCAGCAGUGAACUACACCUGGUACAGAGAGAAUGGAGAGCAGAUAGAGACCGGACCCUCUCUCACCAUCAACAAGACUGAAGAUACACACAGUGGUUUAUACUACUGUAGAGCUCAGAACCAACAUGGAGCUCAAAACUCAUCUGUACAGCUGGACAUUCAGUAUGCUGCCAGGAACACGUCAGUGUCAGCUUCUCCUUCUGGUCCAGUGAUGUUGGGCAGUUCAGUGACUUUAAACUGCAGCAGUGAUGGAAACCCAGCAGUGAACUACACCUGGUACAGAGAGAAUGGAGAGCAGAUAGAGACCGGACCCUCUCUCACCAUCAACAAGACUGAUGAUACACACAGUGGUUUAUACUACUGUAGAGCUCAGAACCAACAUGGAGCUCAAAACUCAUCUGUGCAGCUGGACAUUCAGUAUGCUCCUCAGAUCUCUCUCUCCUUCCACUGUAACAGCAGCAGUAAAGGUGGGAUCAUGUGUGUCUGUGAGGUUCAUGGACGUCCUGUUCCUAAACUGGAGUGGCGUCUGUCUGGACAACCUGUCCCACCCCCUGAGAACUCAUCUGUCAGGGAGGAGUCUGUGGGCCACACGGGCCUGAGGAGUUUCAUCUACAUCCAUCAAUCACUUGCAGACACGCCCACCCUGCAGUGUAUCAGCGCCAACAGUCUGGGCAGCACUUCUCAGCUGUUCUACGCUGUGGCUACUCAUCACUGCUCACCUGCAGGUUAG